UUUCAGAACGAGAACUGUCAAUGUCAUAACUGCGGCAAGACGUCGUGUGCACGUGUUUAUAUUAUUGUUCUAAAUAAAUAGAAAAAUAGCACAAAAUGAAGGUUUUAUCUGAAGAAAGAACGAGGAUAUUGUUUGAGAAACUUACUAAAUACAUUGGAGUCAAUGUAAAGCUCCUUAUAGACCGACCAGAUGGCACAUAUUGCUUCAGAGAGAAGAAAGACCGUGUUUAUUACAUUUCCGAGCGCCUUUUAGCCUUAGCACAAACUAUCAAGCCUGAUCACUUAGUUUCGGCAGGUACAUGCUUCGGCAAGUUUACUAAGACGAAUAAAUUCAGGCUACAUAUCACAGCGUUGACAUACAUAGCCCCAUAUGCGCCUUACAAGCUUUGGGUGAAGCCAUCUGCGGAACAACAGUUUUUGUAUGGACAUCAUGUUAUAAAGAGUGGACUAGGCCGUAUAACAGAAAACACACCGAAGCAUCAAGGAGUGGUGGUCCUAACUAUGUCAGACAUCCCGAUAGGGUUUGGAGUAGCAUCUCGCACGACAGCAGAGUGCAGACAUGCAGAUCCACUUGCUACUAUAGCGUUCCAUCAGGCCGAUAUCGGGGAAUAUAUCCGCUCUGAAGAUACACUUACGUAAUAAAUAGAAUUCUUAGUAUU